AUGGCCUUAUUGCGGUUGCGUACGGGAGGCGAGUGCAGAAACCUUGACAUCGACCGUACUCCUAUGUACAAUGCCGCAGUUGCAGCGCUUGAGACUGCCCCCCAGCGCUGGCGGCUCGCGACCGCUUUGUGGGGCGAGUGUUCUCGAAUGAUCAACACCACCAAUGCAGUGGCUACAGCGAUGAAAAGCACUAUGCUGUGGGAAGAAGCCUUGUCCGUCUACGUGCGUUCGGAAUCUUUGGGGAUGCAAUUGGAUGUCGUCAGCCACAAUAUUUUGCUUGCAUCAUUUGCCGCUGAAUGCUGCACAUGGACAAGGAUUCUUGCCCAGUGGGCGCGACGGUUUGAUCUCCAAGAUAUUGUGUCGCUAAAUUCUGGGUUGAGCACACUAGGUUCAAAAGCUCAGUGGGGCAGCUGCUUGCUGUUGCUACGGGAUUCUCCAUCUGAAAGAGUGGAGAUGGACUCAUUCGCAACCACAUCAGCGAUCGCAGCUCUGCGCGAUUGCCGGUGGCGUUUGAGCCUGGAGUUCCUGGUGAAUUCAAAAGCGGCAGAGGAUCUUAGCAUUCGAACCUGCAACUCCGCGAUUGCUACAACCCAAAGACAACUGGCAUGGCAUUGUUCUUUGCAACUCUUUGAGAUGCUUCGACAGACAUCGCAGCAACCAAACCUGGUGUCCUUCAAUUCGCUUCUGACUGGAGAAGGAAGUGCCGGCAGGUUUUGGCGGUGGGAAGCUGCAAUUCAGACGUUCGAGACAGGCAGUGAGCUGGGAGUCGAUCUCUUCACACUGGCCUCGCUAUCAGCUAUCCUCCAGGGCUUUGCUAGAUGGGAGCAAGCAUUGCAACUGGUUCAAGCACAUGGUGUUGCAGGUACGGCUGCAUCUCAAGAUUCUCAGCAAGAUGCUUCAAGUGCUCCCAUGCUGCAAGCCACGCUGGGUGCUUCGGAACGUGCUCGCUGCUGGGAGCGCACCUUGGAUUUGCUUUGGUGGACAAAGGCCUUUGGGCUCGAAACUGUGGCUUCACACGCGGCGGCUGCGUCAGCUCUGUCUGAUGGCAGGCAGUGGCGGCUCGCAUUAGGGUGCAUGUAUUUGGCUCCAGCGCGGGUGCUGGUGGCAACUAACGCAGCCAUUACUGCGCAUGCAAGAGGUCGGAAGUGGACACUAGCCAUCGAAACUCUGCAAUCUUUAGCAUUGCUGAAGCUGGAGGCUGAUAGUUUCACUGGCACCUCUGCAAUUUCAGCAUGUGAAGAGGCACAAUGGGAAUUUGGCCUACAGAUCUUGUCAGCAAAAUCGCUUCAUUCACGACAUGUCUGGUGUCAAACAUGGCCUCUCUUGAAUGCAGCAGUGAGCAUGUUCGGCAGCGGGAGGACUUGGCGGCAUCCAGUGGAACUCCUCACAUCCCUUCCACUGACAGGCUUGGACUCAGAGGAAUGUCGGCCAGGUGUUGCAGCAGCUUUGCUUGUCCUUGCUGAAGAGGGGCAAUGGCCAGUUGCUUUGCAACUGCUUGAGCAGCUCAGUGUCAGGAGGCUACAAACGUGCUUCUCGAGUUGUAGUCCCUUGCUGACAUACUGCGAACAACAAGGACUGGCCGGACAGGAAGCCAGUCUGCAGCUGGCAUUUGAGCUGGGAAUGGAGGUGGAAACAAAGCUUGCAGCUGAGCUGGCUGGAAAAAAUGUCGUUCUCUCGUCCUCGAAUCCAGCGUGUCGGCGGUUUCAUGUGGGCUCACUAGGUGCGAUUUCAAUAUGCACAUCAUAUGCCUGUUGUUGUUUGUCAUGCUCAAGACGUCGUAGCCCUCCCCUGAAAUGGAGGGGUAGGAAAAGAGCAUGA